AUGUGUCCUGCAUCAGCCACUCAUUCUGCUGGACCAGACAUCACAGUCCCAUCAUCAUGGGGGCAGCCGCAGGACAUGGCUCAUGCUCAUCGCAGCAGUGGUGCCUCGGGCUAUUCAGAAAACCAUGCCCACUAUGGUGCUCAGCGUGAGCAUUGGGCAAAGCUCACAUAUGCGCUUCCGCCAAUGGACACCAUCACGCUCGAGAUUUCAGCUGUUCAUGAGGGUAGAACAUGGAAAAACAGACAUGGGGUACCAAUUGGGAAUAUUCGUGAAGGCAAAAGAGAUGUUGAUGCACACAUUGAUGCUCCCAGGCUCAUGGAGAUCGCCUUUGAUACCAUCCUUCCUAAAAUUCUGACUUUUGGUGCAGGUUUCUCAUGGUGCAUCAAGGAGUUCGUUGUUCGAGAUGCAAUGUGGGUUGACCUCUCUACGCACAAGGCCUCAAUCCCAUAUUUUUUGUCGCAAUGCAUGGUCGCAAGCAAGAAGGUUUCCAAGGCAUCGAUGUUCAAGACCAAGCAAUUUGCGUUGAUGGUUGUCAUCCCCGAGGCUCAAUGGAAUGAGUAUGAGGAGUGGCUUGAAAAAGCGGAGGAGGUUACCAUUCGUCAUCAGCGUGUAGCAGUACCGACAUCUGUUCCUGCCUCGGAGGUGUAUCAGCAUGUAGCAGUGCCGGUAUCCAUUCCUGCCUCAGAGGUGUCCCAGCCAACUAUUGUGCCAUCAACACAUCAGCCCAGUGCCUCCACCAAGCGGUCACACAGGCAAAAUCUGAGCAUUUCUUCAACGUCUUCAUCACCACCUCACAAGAAACUCACACCUGCGCAGGUUGCACCACCCAGAUCCCUCUUUAGCUCACCUGAUCGCAAUGAUCUGAAGCAAGCACUAAGGAGUGGAGGCACUGCAAGCUUGGAUGUUGCACAAGUGCUCGACACAUACACUGAGCACGUUCAGUUUUAUCACAUCCCUACUUGUCCACUUGCAGACAUUCUCAAGAAUGUCAACAUGCUAGGGGCUGGCGGAUUCAAGACAGCUCAUCCUGGCUGGCUUUCGCUCACUCCUCUUAUGGAAAGCGGGCUAGGAUCAAUCGCUGGUCAGGCUGUCGCAGUCAAGCGACCAUUUUACAAGGUGUAUCCAUCCACUGGGAACCCUUCAUACAAAAUAGGACGUUUUGCUCUCGCUGAUGAAAUACCCAAGCUUUUUAGGGAAGCGAACAUCUUAUAUUGGUCUAAUUCUCUUCUGCAGCUCACAUAUGCCUUCAUUGAUCGCUGUAUUACCUCUUCCACUGAAUCUCCGCCAUUCGAAAUCCCUCGUGUGCGCUUCGUCAAUGCUGGCUUGGCUUUAUCUUACUCUCAACAUGGUUCUAAAGCUCCUGCCAAGGGGGGCUCAAAAGUAGGGUCGUCGUGUGCAGGAUAUCUCAUCGAGGAGCUUAUUGAAGGUGGACACGCUGAAUUUGUGAAGUUCAUUCACAAUAUGGACUCUAACCCUCUGCUGGAUUACGACGAUUAUCGCUACAAAGUAGCCGUGUUCUUUGCGUUCACACAGCAUGUACAGUAUAUCAAGACGGGUGGCUUGGCUUUCAUAUCGGACUAUCAAGGAAGUACAGAGCUCCUGACAGACCCGUCAGUUGGUGAAGGGGAAGAUAUCUUUGGAGACGGGAAUAUUGAAUGCACGGUUCGCAUGUUUGGGAAGCAGCAUAAGUGCAAUAAAUUUUGCAAGUGGCCAGGGUUUGGAUUGGAGGCCUUUGUCGAGCAGACGGAAGAAGCAGAAGACGAAGUGGAAGACGAAGUGGAAGCGGAAGGUGCUCCAACAACUCCUUAG